UGACACUACAAAUUCCCACCUCUUUCCACCUCUUUUCUUUCCAAUCUCCUCCUCCUUUCCUGCCCUUCCUUUUUGUCUUACAAAACCCUCUUUUUUUGAACUCUCCUUUGCAUGCAUAGCUUCACUAUCUUUUCAUCCCUUCUUGUACCUAACCAUCAUUUGGACUUUGAGCUUCUUCUUUUUUUAUGUUGUUUGCUUUUGGCUACAAUGGAUUGGGAGCUGAGGACUCUUUUGAUUGAGCUAAAAGAGGGGAGAGAGGUGACUAAUCAGCUCAUGAACCAUCUUCAUCCUACUUCGUCUCACCAAACACGCCAACUCUUGCUCGACAAAAUACUUUGUUCCUACGAGAAAGCUCUUUCCAUUCUGAACUGGAACGGUUUCGAUGUCGGAACUAAACCCGCGGUUAACGCGAUCGAAUCAUGUCGUUCCAUCGACCAUAGCAGCCCCGGAAGCGAGGUCUCUGAUAAAAGAGAGGUGUUCAAAAAGAGGAAAACGUCGUCUGGGUUGGCUGAGCAAGUUCGGGUUUGCUCCGGGGCGUCAUUAGACAAUCCUAUUGACGAUGGAUACUGCUGGCGAAAAUAUGGGCAGAAAGCUAUUCAUGGAUCAAAUUUCCCUAGGGGAUAUUAUCGAUGCACUCAUCGUCACUCACAAGGUUGUUUAGCCAUUAAACAAGUUCAAAGAUCAGACAAUGACCCAACGAAUUUCGAGGUUAAAUAUAAAGGGAGGCAUACUUGUAACCAAGCCUCUCAGUUCGCCGGUACGUUUAUACCGGUGCCGGUGGAGUCUAGAGAGAAAGGGAAUCACUCUCGGAAAAGGCAGCAUCAGCUUGAUGAGAAAUUAGAGGGCUUGGACAAUAGGAAUAGGAAGGAUGUUUUCCCUUCAUUUUCGUUCCCUUUUGAACCGGAAGCAGUUAAAAAUGACUCGUUUAUCGAUGCCAUAAGGGAAAACAGCGUCAUGGGAAAUCUUUCUCCGGUGUUUAUAUCGCCGGAGACUUCCGAAUCCAAUUAUUUUUCGGUGUCACCAUGCUGUAUGGGCAGCUUUGAAUCUGAUCUUACAGAUAUAAUCUCCGACCCGACUUCGGUUACUAACUCACCUUCCGAAGACUUGGAUUUCUCAUCACUUGAUAAGUUAGAAUUUGAUCCAAACUUUCCAUUUGAUAACCCUGAAUUCUUCUCUUAAUCUUGUAUUAGGAGAGUAAUUUGUAACCUUCCAUCCCUGUAUAACUUUCUAAAUCUUCAAAUUUCAAUGUCAUAGUGAUGUUUUGUUGAUAAAA